UGCUGAUCUAGCAGCUGCUAGCUUCCUCGCCCCUCCUUCCCUCUCAGGCUUCAGCAAGUCCUUGGGAAGAUCUCAUCCAGAUCGAACCUCGGAUGGACUUCGACAUGCUGAAUUCGAACCCGGAGGCGCAGCUGGAGCUGAUGAACGCAAUGCUGCAGCUGGAGCAGCUAACCGCGCUCCCCGACCACGCCAUGGCGGUGCCCGCAACUCCCCCUUCAUCCUGCAUGCAAGCCCCUCGCCAUCAUCACUUCUCCUCCGCGCCUCCCAUGCCGGGCACCAACGGCGGCGGGGGGACCUACCACGACCCGUAUCCACAGCUGCCGGCAUCUGCCGCCUGCUACGACGGGAGCCACUGCCGCUCGGAGGAGUACACAGCCACGUCGGAGCCUCCUGCCAGAGGCGGCGGCGACAGCAACGGUCCGGCGGCGAUGCGGGAGAUGAUCUUCCGCAUCGCGGCGCUGCAGCCGGUGAACAUCGACCCGGACACGGUGCGCCCACCGAAGCGCCGCAACGUGCGCAUCUCGACGGACCCGCAGAGCGUGGCGGCGAGGAUGCGGCGGGAGCGCAUCAGCGAGCGCAUCCGCAUCCUGCAGCGGCUCGUCCCGGGCGGCACCAAGAUGGACACCGCCUCCAUGCUCGACGAGGCCAUCCACUACGUCAAGUUCCUCAAGACGCAGGUGCAGUCGCUGGAGCGCGCCGCCGCCGCCAACGGCCAGCGCGGCGCGUCGCCCAGCUACCAGGGCCUGAACGGGCACGGGCCAUGGUAA